UUGGUAUUCUUGACUCGUGAACUUGAAAACGAACACGUUUUUAGUGCGAAUGCUUACUGGCAGCGCUUUUUGGCAUUUGUUUUCAUAGUUUGACAAUCUGAAUGACAUAGAGAUAUAUUCAUAAGUCAUAUUUAUUCUUCGAUAUAAUGGAAGACGAAAUAGUACAAUUAUCAUUAAUUGAUCUUUUGGAUGAUGUUGAACAAAUAGAUCGGCGAAAAUAUAGACAGCGCGGAGACUCAUUCAAUGAUUUGAGUGAAAAACAAUUUGUUCGAAUGUUUCGCCUGUCUUAAAACUUAGUUAAAAACCUUAUUAAUACCACUUCAAAUUACAUAAAAGCAGCGAAAAGAAGUCAAGAUUUGGAUAUUUCAAAAAAGUGGUUGGUAUCUUUACGAUUCUUUGCGAGUGGAAGCUACCAAAUGGACAUAGGAUCCAACUUUAAUUUGGUAAUUUUUUACUUUAACGCCCCCUCGUGUUUUUCACUUUUUUGGUAUUUUUCAUUAAUUAACAUUUGUGUCAUUCGAUGUUGAGCAUCUGUCGCGAUCAGAUAUCAAAUACGACGGUCCGCAAACGGUGCUGAUAAAUAACGAAAAUAUUAAUCUCUGUUUAUGAUGAAUUCUUCGAGUGAUGGUGAAUACUCUGAAAUGGAGAUUGAAGACAAUGGAGAAUGGAGAAAAGUGCGCCACAAAAGAAAUAGGAAUAGAGAUCCAAAUUCGCCCACUCAGCUAAAUCCCAACAAAAAACAAUUUCCGCCUGUACAAGAAAUUCCUAACAUAAUAAUGUCACCUCCUAUCAAUUAUCGGAGCCAUGUGAGGCCCACAAAAAAUUAUCAAACAACAGAAGGGAAUUCCACUAUUCACACACACGUUCAAAAUAACUCUCCAGAUACACUGCAAGCCACUAUUAUUGAAUCAACAAAACUAAUCAACAAAAGAAACUAUUCCGCGAAAAUGAAAGAAAUUACUAAUAAACAAUAUAAGCACUUAUUUUAUAUAAAAACUGCUGAAUCCUUAUUACGCAAAGAUCUUUCCAACAUAUGGGAAGGAGAGUACCCAAACUCAGAAGAUUCUAUUCUAUCAACAAAACAAGGAUUUCUACUUAAAACCAAUCAGAAUAAAGACUUAAUAGUGGUUACCCUCAAUAAACUUGUCGCAGAAGAAAAAAUUCAAAAUUUUAAAGAAACACAUCCAUCCCAAAAUAAAACCAACACAACAACCAGAGAAUUUUAUGCUUCGUACAGUGUAGUGGUUGGUUCGGUUGAAUUUGAUAUUUCAGAAAUAGAAAUCAGCGAAUAUCUCCAUCGCAUUCAGGUGGAACAUAGAUAUUGUAAACGAAUUAUAGCUAGAGCAACAAAUAAACCAACCUUGAUGAUUCGAAUUAUAACACCCUGCUUAAAAUCAUCUGAGAGACUACUAAAUGAAGGGUUAUUCUACAAGCACAGAUAUUACCCAGUAUAUCCUAGCAAUCCACCUGCACCAAUCCCACAACCUUGCUCCCGUUGCCAAUCUUUUGCACACACUCGAGAAAAUUGCACCAGUCCCAUCAAAUGCACCAAAUGUGAAGGCUCUCAUCAUUACAGCAAGUGUAGCAGUCAACUUCUUCCAAAGUGCGUUUCAUGUGGCUCAGAGGAUCACGCAGCUUGGUCGCUAAAAUGCCCCCGUAGACCAACGAAACCGAUAGAUGGCAUACCCAAUAGCCAAAUAAAACCCCUCAACAAAAAGUCUAUGGAAAUCGAUAAAGAAAUAAAGAAAAACACAAAAUUACAUUCAGUCAUAACGAUACAUGACAUGAUAAUCGACACAUACAUACACAAAUUGAACAAAAAUAAAAAUACAAACAGGGAAGAACUAAUUGCCAAACUUAGGAAAAGAUUUGUUGACCAAUACUCAAUCGAUACAGUGGCCCAUUUUUCAGGAAACAGGCUUUAUCUUCUAAUGUUCGAUCUGGAAAGUCCUUCAUCAAUUUCACCCACACAACCCAUCGGAGGAGGUAUAAACAUGCAAGUUCAUGUCGAAACUUAGGAUUAUGUACGCCAACCUCAACAGCUAUACACCAAGAAAACACCUCAUAAACAAUAUCCUUGAGAGGCACGAGAUAAACUGCGCCCUUUUUGUUGAAACAAAAACAAAAGAAAAUACCAACACGAAAUAUAGAAACUGGGAUAUAAUACAUAGAAAUGGGAUAGUCGUCAACAAGAAUACUCGUGGUGGAAGUCUAAUUCAGACACAUCCUGGUUUAAGGAUGACUAGAGAAAAUCCCCCAAAAAUGAACAACCCUUUGAACGAAGCAACUCACUUUUCAAUCCCCUUUCUUGAAGAUAAGCUUCACAUUUUUCUGGUGUAUUGCCAUCCAAAUUCUACUAUCGAACAAACCAUCUUCAACAAAGUUUGCCUCUACAAAUAUUCCAUGAUAAUUGGAGAUCUUAAUGUCAACCCCAGAAAAGACAAGCAGAUAACUGAA